UCUCCUCUCUCUCGUUGCACGGCAAAAGUUCGCCCGCCCCGCCCCACCCCAUGGCCGCUCUUCUCUCGUCUGCCGUCCCUGAGGUUGGGCUGAAGUUGCUGCUUUCCCCCCUUGGUGCUAACAUAGUAACUAGAACAGCUUGCUGCACAGUGGGGAUUGCUUUUCCUGUAUACUCAACUUUCAAGGCAAUUGAGGAGAAAGAGCGAAGUGAACAAGAAAGAUGGCUUUUAUAUUGGGCAGCAUAUGGAUCUUUCAGCCUUGUGGAGACAUUCUCUGACAAAAUUCUCUCCUGGUUCCCACUUUACUAUCAUAUGAAGUUCGUGUUUCUUGUCUGGCUCCAACUUCCAUCUGGUAAUGGAGCAAGGCAUCUAUAUUCGAGGCAUCUGCGCCCCUUCCUGUUGAAACAUCAAGACAGACUAGAUCAGCUACAUGAUUUCAUUACAAGAGAGAUCAUGAAGUUUACCAUUUCACAUCAAGGAGAAAUUGAAUUCUUAAAGGGCAUGCUUAAAAGAUUUGCGAGUACAGCAAAUCUGAUAGUCAAGGAAGCCCACCAACCAGUACAGCGUAGAGGACAAAAUACGAUUGAAGGCCCCAAUGAACUCACAAGACCGCGAAUUCAGGGUUCUGGCUCUGAUUCUGAAAACUAAUCUUCUGUUCUCAAUUUGAUUAGAUAUGAGAGGAGUUUCACACUCGUGCAUUGUGGAUAUCGUCCACCUAUGUAAAUUAGCAUCACGUCUUUAUCAGGAGAUUCAUACUUAGGCCUCAAUUUCUCGGGGCACUUUCUUUGUUUUGCAUGUACAAAUAACUACAUAGGGGGUGCGGCUUGCAUUACUGUGACAUAUAGCUGAGGAUGUUGAGGAAAACUUAUGUUUGUAGAGGCAAGCUGCUCUCAUACUUCAGUUGACCUGUUAGAAUUGUAGAGGCAAGCUGCUCUCAUAUGUUGCUA